CUGGGAGGAUUCGCUCAUGGUCGGCCUCGAGGGAGCCCUCCUGGGAUGUGCUUACAAUGCAUUAUCCUGUCGGUCAUGUGGCUUGAUUGUGGGCUUCAUUCUUUAUUCUGCCCCCAGAGACCUGGCAUAUCUCCGAGGCUUCUUCUGUUUCUUUAAGGACAGCAUCCUCUGUUAUCUCUUAAAAAAACAAAAGAUAAUAGAAGCUUCUAAGGUGAAUUUUCCUGCUGUGACCUUAAAGGAACAACUGCGGGAACUGAAAGAAAAGCUUGUGGAGGUCCACAUUCGCAUAGAUAUGCUGAUGAAGAAGCUGCAGGAAGUGGAACAAAAGAAUAAUGUGGCAGAGAGGCAAAGCUCUGCAUCAGAUGCAGUUGGCCUACUGCCAGGAUAUGCGAUAGUCAGGGUCAACUAAGAAUAUGCCAUUUUCAAGAACUGCUGGAGUUGUUUCUGCAUCUCUGCUGAAUUUUUUUCAUUAUGAUGAAACAAUGCACCAGAACAGGUUUGAGUGUUGAUCUGGCACUUUAUCUGUAUAUAGAAAGAACUGGUACUUAAGUGCAUCCCUUCAGUCGAAGGGGAACACCUGAAAAUCUGACACAUGGAAGUUCUGCUUGGAAAAAUUAAUAGCUCACCCACGCGGCACAUCACUCUGACAGUAUAACUAUGACUUUGAUUCUCUCUAAUGACUUCACAGGGAAAACCAGCCUUUGAAAUGCUGAAAUCAGGUUUCUGGAACUAUACAAAACUUACCGACAAGAUGAUAUUCCAGAGGAACUAUUAUAAAUUGAAUGCUCUUAGAGAGAUCUAAAGUUCUCGUCCUACCUUUUUGUAUAGAUACAGUGUUAAUGGCAGGUAGCUGUGUCAAGUGGCUCAUUAGCUGCAUCUGGUAUGCAAGGCAUUGCUAAAUAGCUUUCUGAUUAGUUCUUUUAGAUUUGCUGGUGUGUGUGUGGCCUGCAAAAGCAGCAAGCUAGCAUGUCAUGGAAGCUGCACAGUGCGCUUAGUGCAUAGAUCUGGAAGGCACAGUGCUGGCUGGUGCGCAAGGUUUUGGAUUUCAAAUUCAAGGACAACCCACGUGCCUGCCAAGUCCUCUGGAAGUGCUGCCCCGAGGCUGCACAGGACUGAGUCGAGUUCUGGUAGCUCCAUAAAGCUUAGGCUGUGAGCAGCUGCCUUUAGCAGAUUGGAGCUGUUCUUUCUGGGGCUGAAGCUGUGAAACUAAGGGACAGUCUUCUCUUUCACUUAGCUCAGUCAUGGGAACACUGCUCUGCUGAAGUUGUGAUGGUCUGCCUGCUGCCUUCCCUUGGCCAGUCAAGAUUUUUCCUAAGAAAUACCUAAUGGGUACUCAUUGGGAUCUCUGUUUUGAAUGGGUUCUGCUUCUUUCCAAACAUCUAGAAAGCAAUUUGAUGGAAAAGAAAGAAUGCUACUUAUCCCAUGUUAUCAAGACCGGGUAUCUUUAUGCCUUUUUCUUGUUAGUUGGAAGAUUAAGGGUCUUUUCCUCUCCCUUUUGUUGCCUAAAGGGCUGAUGUUUUAAAAGCCUUUUGUCUGUAGUAAUCCAGAGAGGAUUGUAUUUACUUGACAAACUUAAUUUCAGUGAUGCAAUUUGCUAUUCCCUUACUACUACUUCCAUACAUGACUGGCAGAUUGCACUCCCCGUCACUGCUGAUGCCAGUACUCCCUGUAUUUCAUAGACUUAAUUGUUUUAUUUGUAAAAUAACUCUUGUAAGGGGCUUGGAGCAGAGGGCACAAAAUGCACUUGCAAGGCACCUCAGAGGCUAAAUUUAGGUGGGCAGCUGGUAAUUAAACUACUAAUGUUCACUGUGCUGCUUUUUGAUUAACAGUUCCAUGUGGUCUUAGUCCACUCUGAUUAAGCAAUAACAGAAUAUCAGCAGCUCUUCUGCAGGGAGAGGAGGGGCAUGCUCUGCUAAAGUCUAAUACUGUAUGCCAUCUAAAUUAUUUCUAUUGUUUAUGUUUUACAGAUUUGACAGGCACAUGUGCAAAAAUACAGUGCUUUUCAAUGACAGCUAAAUUCAGGAUAUCAGAAGUAACUACCUGAAGUAAAUGUUAUGCUCCUGCAAGAUCUGUUUCAUUGCCUGUAGGGAUAAAUGUUAUCUUUGCUACAAUGAGCUCUAUCUUCCAUCCUUAACUGGAAGGCUGUUCUUAACAGUUGUCACUGUAUAUUUAUGAAAAGUUUGGAUUUGCUGUAUUUGAUUAUUUCAUUAUUAAGAACAAAGGAGUUUUUAAAGUUGUGUUGUGCAGUGACUUCUGUAUUAUGUUUAAGGGCCUGUUGGUCUUUAAGUGGGGUGUUGUGACUAAACUAAUUUCGUGCAAGCAUCUCCCCAUCUUGGAUAAAUGCCUUUCAUUGUAUAACUUCACCUUUGUGUUACUUUCUAAGUGAUGGUCCUUUUGUUGUUGCUUCAGUCUAAGAAACAUCAUUGAUAACAGGACUACUCACAUUUGGCCUUUUGUUCUGGUUUCUGCAUUGAGACUGUUUCUUGCUAUAUACUUUAUAUCUAUACUGUGUAUAUAUACUGUGUAUAAUAAUGCUAAAUGGUCUUGCUUCAUUGAGCCAAGUGUCCACCCUUAAAAGGAAAAGA